AUGGCUGAUGCUGACAUGUGGUGCGGUUGUACUUUCCUGAGCACACUGUUUGGUUGCUGGUCCCAGCCAACAGUGCCACGCAGUGAGGUCAUCGCGACCACAGCCAAUGGCCUCCAGGCUGAUGGUGGAUACCCAAGUCGCAUCGUGCACCUGAGCACCGGCCAAGUCGUGAAUCCUUACGCCAUUGACGUCGACAUCAAGGUCAAGGAGUUCCAUCCUGAUGGAACAAAGCUGACGGAGGAGGAAGCCAGAUACUUGCAGACGCACAUGUCGACGAUUUUCGCUCGCCGUCCCUCUCUGGCGCCGCUGUCAUACGAGGGAAUCAGGUUCGAGCGGCGCAAAAAGUCGCCAGCAGAGAUCGAGUUCAGGCAGAAGUGGGGGCUUAGCCGCAAAGCCAAACGGCGUGCAUCAGGUGCUACAGGCCUCGUCGAGCGUCUGCAAGGUUCCUGA